UCAGUUGGGAUGAGUCUGGAUAUUGCAAGCAUUGAUACAAUAUCAGAAAUAAAUAUGGACUACACAGCUACCAUAUUUCUAAGGCAGCGAUGGACUGAUGAGAGACUUUGUUUUGAUGGUAAUAAGAGUUUAAGCUUAGAUGGUCGUCUCGUGGAAAUGCUUUGGGUACCAGAUACCUUCAUAGUUGACUCAAAAAAGUCUUUUCUUCAUGAUAUCACUGUUGAGAAUCGUCUUAUAAGAAUAUACCCUAAUGGAACAGUCUUGUAUGCUCUACGGAUCACCACAACUGUUGCUUGCAGCAUGGAUCUGACCAAAUAUCCGAUGGAUAAGCAGACAUGUACUUUGCAACUGGAAAGCUGGGGUUAUAACAUCAAUGAUGUCAUGUUUUACUGGACCAGAGGAAAUGAUUCAGUUCGAGGUUUGGACACGCUCCAACUGGCACAAUACACAGUAGAAGACCACUUUACCUCGGUAUCCGAAGCGGUAUAUGAGACAGGUAAAAACACCCUUCUAAUGCUUUCUAG